AUGGAAAUGCAGCAAAACUGCAGCAUUUCAUGCUUCUGGGAAACUCAGCCUCUUGGUUGUGUGAAGAUCAGUUGUAUCUUUUAUCACAGCAAACCUCGCAAUAUCAAUGGAUUAUUUUUGCCACCAAGCAGCAAUAUCACACCACAGAAAGAAACUCAGGAAGGAAUUCCACCCCCGACCCAGAGUCAGGAACCCCUGAAACCUCAGGAGAAUAUAUCACGACCCAUUCACCAUCCUUUAGUUUUAAAAACUAACUUUGAGGAAGAAGAGGAGGAAGGAGAUGAACAAAAUGAUGCUUCUAGUUUAUGGACAAAGACUCCUGAAGAGAUUGAAGAAAAAAGAGCAAUAAAGGAGAUGUGUUAUAAAUCUGGUGAAUACUACAGAUUUCAUACACCUCCAGAUGUUUCAUCAUCAAAAAGCAUAGCCUCAACAGCAGACAAAGAGUUAGAAAAGCCUUUGGAAAAUGGCAGUGAAUUACAAGAAGGGGAUGGUCUUACAGUUCCAACAAAAUUUAGCCUAUUUGAAAGGCAAGGUGAGAUAAAAGCAUCAUUGGAUAGGAAACCAAGGACUGACAUUGCUGCUUUUGAAAAUGGAGGAGGCGACUGUUAUGUUCCACGAAGGAUCAUAUUUCUUGGAGUAGAUGAAAAUGAAGCUUUACCUGAAGAGAAGGAAAUCACCAUGUCAAAAUGUUCAAAUACUAAAGAUAACAAGGACAGUCCUCAUCCAAAGCGUUCCCUAACUACCCGACUAGUACCUACAACGCAUGUAUUAAAUGCUACUGAGAAUAUCAGUAUGAAGUGCAGAGAGGACCCCUCUUCAAUGAAUGAUGUCCAGCCAGUAAGGAAGCCUCACUUUAAAGGUGUGAAAAAAAGGAAAUGGAUUUAUGAUGAACCGAAGAAUUUUCCUGGCUCAGGAAUGCGGAGAGCAGUACAGUCCCCAAAUCCCAAAAAUAAAAUGAGUUACCAUCGCAAUAAUAAAAACAGAAAUACUGAGAAUGCAUCAUAUAUCCACGUUCAGAGAGAUGUUAUCAGGACUGUCUCACUGAGUGCACCUCCCCGCAGCAGGCCCACAAAUGGGUCCUACAAUAAAGUUGAUGUUAACAAGGAACCCAAACUCAACCUCUGUCCAGAUAAAUAUAUGUCAACAUCAUAUAAUGGUUCAGCCUGGCGAAAAAGAAUUCCUUUUUCAAAAACAUAUUCAAAAACUGAAAAGAUAUAUGCAGAGCCAAGAAGAAAUGGGAGCAAGUAAAUCUGGAGGUUGAGAGAAGAGAAAAAUGAGAAAAGAGAAAAGUGCCAGAUAUCCUCUGAUUUACAAUCAAAAAUGAAAAUUCAAAGAAUGAGAUAUUCAAGUACUCCAUACUAUAUACUGGGUAGCCAAAGAUGAUAAAAUGCAA